UCCAAAGAGAGGAGAAGGGGAGUGGCAACUGGUGCGCCCCCGAACGCUCAAGAAAAAAAAGUAGUGCUUCGCCCGCAUGGCCGGAAGCCGCCGCCGCCGCCGCGGAAGAGCGCGGCCGCCGCAGCAGGGCGCCGAACCCUCGCCGCUGGCAGACGCCACUCUCAUCUCCAGAGAAGUUGCUACUGUAGAGAGGCCCUCUAAGAACACCUGCCUCGCCUCAGCCUCAGCCUCUACCUCCUUGGCUAUAUCUGGACCUUAUGUUUGUGCAGAUCUCCUGGACAGCCUGCUUCAUGAAAUCAUUGCUCUCUUUAACUCAUUCCGUGACUUCCUUGCUUUCGCUGGCACCUGCCGCUCUUGGCGCGCUGCAGUCUCUACCUUUCCCUCUGUGUAUACAUUCGGCUUCCCGCCAUUCCACUUGAAACCAGACGGUCCUUAUGUUCGUCCACAUAGCAGCGGUAUCAAGCCCAUCCUUUUGUCUAAUUGCAAAUGGCAGCUCAGCGAUCCCAGCAAGAAAAACUUAUCCCUUGUGUGUUCAGUGUCUGAAAAUAAUCCAAAUACAAUGCACUAUUUGGGUUGCUCAUAUGGGUAUCUUAUCUUCUCCUACGAGGAGCACUGCCUCCUUGUCAAUGUGUACACUGGUACCAAGGUGAAGCCCCCCAAACUCCCACCCAACAACAGACUUGGGUACUUAUGUGGCAUAGGCAUCCUUACAGCUCCACUAAAUUCACCCAACUCUCGCCUCCUCCUUUGCUCGAAAGCUUCCAUGUUUGAGUGGCAGGUUGGAACAAACUCCUGGUCAGAGCACCCUCUUGCUCUUGAUCGUGAAAACAUCUAUCAGAUUGUGUUCUUCAAAGGUGAUAUCUUUGUCAUAGAUGGUCUUAUGAGGCUCCACACUAUACACUUGACGCCUCAGUUCAGCAUGCAAGAAGUUGCAAUUAAAUUGGAGUUUGCGCCUCUUCAUUCAUGGUUAGUGGUCUGUGGUGACAUGCUUCUCAUGGUUGACCAAGUGUUAAGCUAUGGCGAAUUGAAUGGCUCAGUUGACACAACCAUUAAGGUCUUCCGCCUCGACUUUUCUGUUGAACCAGCUGAGUGGGUGAAGCUGGAGAAGCUGGAAAAUCAUGCUCUGUUUGUUAGCGUCGAUAGGAGGAAUCCUACAUUUUCUUGCAUGAGCCCGGAAAGAUGGGGAGGAAAGAGUAACUGCAUUUAUUUUGCCAGGCUAUCUGAAGGUCCUGAUGAAACUUGGACUGCCGUCGAUCUUGGUCAGCCAGUGCUAAAAGACACAGUUUUCCCCAUCUACUAUGGUAUGGUGCUCCCUCCUGACUGCAGCCUACUAAGUAGCCUAUGGGUAUUCCCCAAUUUAAUUUAUGGUUCUGGCUAGUAAUCCCGUUGCAGGAUUAUUGUCUAGUUUGCACAAGACCUGAUCCGGCAUUUAUUUCAGUUAGCAACUGGUUCUGUAACUCUAAUGGUUUCCUGACUUUGGGACCAAUGUUUUGUGUUCAAGUACAAUUGACCUGCAUUGGCAUGGUGUUGACACUCCUGGUUGUAUUGUGGUGAACAAUGGGGUUGCAUUUGUCA